UUAGUCACCUAUAUUCUAUUUAAUUUCUGUGCAUGGGAAUUAUUUACAGGGUUAACACUCUGGGUUAAUAACAAAAUUUUUUCAAGAUUUCAAAUUGCCGCCUCCACGAUUACACCAUUACGGAUUACCUACCUACGUUCACAAUCAAUGGCACUUAAUUUGACGUUUCGUUUUGACAUACGGUUUGACACGUAUUUUGACAUUUUUAAUACGACCACUUUGCAUUGUUUGGGCCACUUUGGUCAAUAGAUAAGGUUUCUCUUUCUUACUUGGAAAGACGCUUUGGUGAUAGAAACAACAACCUCAUGACAACAAAAAUUUUGGUGAACAUUUGCUUGGAUUGGAUAGCAUUUCUAAGACAACGAGCGAGUUAGUUUGAGGAAAGGGAUCGUUUACUUGCUUUUGACCUACUUGUUUUAUUUAAUUCCUUUUCUUUAUUAAUUAAUUAUUAAAAUGAGUAAAGCUUCAUGAAUUAUUCUAUUAGUAGGAGAAUUAUAAACGAUAAACAUGCCUAGCAUAAGGAAAUAUCGUCGUGAUACAAGUGAAGUAAGCUGUUGUCUUAAAUAUGUGAUAUUUGGUGUAAAUGUAUUGUUCUGGUUUUUGGGUCUUAUUGUGCUGGCUGUUGGUGUAUGGGCUUGGACGGAGAAGGAUACAUUUAAUAACUUAUCACGGCUCACAAAUAUAGCCUUGGAUCCAGCAUUUAUUUUAAUUUGUGUUGGUACAAUAACAUUUAUAAUUGGUUUCACGGGCUGCGUCGGCGCAUUGCGUGAGAACACAUGCUUGUUAGCUUGCUAUGCAGUAUUUUUGGCCCUGUUGUUGCUGGCCGAGAUGACGACGGGUAUCCUAUUUUUCGUCUUCAAAGACUGGAUAAAACAACAAGCGACAGUUGGUUUCCAGACCUUCAUCACGCACUACCGAGAGGACCCUGACCAGCAGAAUUUAAUUGACUGGAUCCAGGAAGAUUGGUUACAAUGCUGCGGCGUUGAAGGCCCCCGCGACUGGGACCGCAACGCCUACUUCAACUGUUCGAGCGGAGCCGUGGGCUCGCGCGAGGCUUGCGGCGUCCCCUUCAGCUGCUGUCGGAGCAAGCCUCAAGAUAUCAUCCGCAAUAAACAGUGCGGGUAUGACGUCAGGAAACCUACCUAUAGUUUUGAUAUUGGUAAGAUUAUAUAUGACAAAGGCUGUUUAGAAGCCGCCGAGGAGUGGUUCGAUCAUAACCUCUUGAUAGUAGCCACAUCAGCUGUUUGUACCGCUUUUGCACAAAUACUCGGUAUUUGCUUCGCUCAAAACCUGCGAGCGGACAUAUUCGCACAGAAAGCGAAAUGGCACUGACAAUCAGCCUCUCCUGCGGCCGUGUGACGCACCAAGCGUCGCACUGGCGACCCGUACAGCGCCCUCUACAACCAUCGGGCGACCAAUCAGGUGCAACGCGCGGAUAUAACGCAGCUAUCAACAGCCAAUCACGUACAAGUAGGUUGUAUUGACUCAGUUAUGUAAUGUCCAUUCGAAUUUUAAAUGGAUUUGACUGAAAAAGGCAGCUAUGGAAUUUCUCAAAUUAUGUAUUUCAUUGUGAUAAGUAUUUAUUAGAAAGAUAGAAAUCUGGAAUAUUUAAAGUCUGCUUGCAGCGUAAUAUUUUGACUACUUAUUAUUUUAAGCGUUUUAAUAAUAUAAUUGUGUUUUGAUAGCAAUUGACUAGGAAAGAAAAUGGUUGUUCCUUACGCAUUUAUUUGUUGUUUGCAAAAUGUAUAUGAUGAUAGGUAGAUCUUUUAUUUGCACAAUUUGCCUUUUGAUAGUUAGUAGAUGUUAAAUUCAUUGAUAUUAAAUGAUAUUUACAUAAAGUUUCUGUUUAAAUGAAUGUUGUUGGUUGAUAUAAGUAAUAGUGUAUAGCUUGUCAAUGGUAUUAUAUAUCCAUAAAUUGUUCCAGUAUUAAAAGAAAAAAAAAUGACUAGUAAUUUUGUAGUCACAAAAACUCAAUGACUGUUUUCACUAUAGAUAAGUUUCAUGUUAAAACUAAAAUGCUUGCAUUAAUUGUUGAAUUACAAAGAUACUAUUGAUAAGCUAAUAUUACAAGGAAUAUAACAAAAUGUCAUAAGAGUUUAUAUUGCUGAAGUUAUACGUAUAAUGCUAAGGUCUUACACUAAAUAAUAUCCAAACGUAAUCUCAUUCAGAGUCUCUACAAGUCUUUUAACAGGUGCUGUGUACACUAUGACCAGUCUAUUUAUUGAUAUAAUUUAUUUUAUUAAAAUAAUUGAAAUCUCAAUUUUAAUCUCGUUAUAUGUAAGCGAUAUUCAGUGAAUGGAGUUUUCAUAAAAUAUCUUUAUUAUGUUUCUCCGCCAUCACUAUAAAAGAUAUUCAUUAUUUACUUUUUGACCAAUUUGUUACAAAAUAACGAUUUUUACUCUCAAAAAUAUAACAUAAGGACAUAAUUGAGGCAGGCUUAAAAGUAGAGGUCUUGAUCCUAUUUCAAAAUAGAAGGUAUAUCUUAAGAUUAUGUAAGCUCACCUUUUGAUAAGCUAGCGUGUCAUUGGCAAUUUUAAAGUAAGAAUAUUUAUCCUGACUCAUCAUAGUGUAUGCGUACUUAUUCUCAACUCUUUGGCCCAAUUUCCCCAAAAACUUUUAUAACUUGAACACUUCUUACUUCACUCCAACUGUGCCUGUUAACUUAAGAUGUUACACAUUGUUGUUAUUUAUUCCAAUUUGUAACGUCCGAACGAUGAUGAUCAGUCAGCUCUUAAAUUUUACACAAAGUUACUUAAAUUUAUUCUAUUUCCCAUAUAGAGUUGAACAUAGAGUCGAGCAACAAAAAAUAAAGUAAAACAUUAAAUUAAAUGAUGGCAUUUUGAAUAAAAAGCCAAGAUUAUUAGUUUAUUUCACUACAUGUUCAUGUAAAUUGCUAUCAUGCUUAAAAUAAUAUUAACAAUAAUUUAUUUAUGAUACAUUUGCACUUCUUUAUAAAAUAAAGUUAACUAAAAUUUAUUCAUAAACAAAAUGAAAAUAAUUUAAAGAGCUGACUACACCAGUAUUGUGUUCAAGUAUCGGCCAAACUAGCCUUAUUGGAGCUGUGAAAUAUAGUAUUGAAAGUAAAGUAUUAUUGCACUGCCUUCUGUUGUUGCGUUAUUUUUUUAUUGGUUAUUUAAAAAAGAUCGCGACUUACUUUGUUACAUACCACUCUUAAAUAUAUUAAAGUAGGACAAUACAAGAUAACGUGUAUGUACGUACAUGGGGGCAUAUAACCUUGACUUGUCAUGGUACUGGUUAAACUAUAGACAUGGGGUCAAAUUUAUGUACUGCUCACUGUACUUUAACUUUUUUUGUAUCACUGAAAUCAUAGUUCACGAAUGUUGACAUGGUAUACGUCUUAUCUUUCUUCUCAUUCUAUCUUUUUGGUCAAUUGGAAAGAUAGGGAGGGGGCUAAGAUACUGCCUUGUCAGCUUUUACGAAUAGCAUAUUGUUUGGGUUAGAGCUCAGCGCGAUAUUAUUAAAUGCUGUAGCAAAAGUUGUUUAUAUUUAUUCGAGUUAUGAAGGCUGCCUUUGUUGUGAUAAGUUUAGUUUCCUAAUACACAAGUAUAGUAUUGAACAUAAUAUACCAAUAUUUCUAUUUCGAUUUAACCGUCAAUUUUGCACCAGUUACUACUUAUUCAGUGCGCGCUGGGUCGCAUAUGCUGUAGGAGAAUAAUGGCUGACAAUAUUGUAAGUUUAAAUGUACUAUAUUUAGAAGAUAUUACUUUAAGGUUAACUAACAACGUAUUGUAAUACUCAUUGUUCCAAUAAGUUUUAAGAUUGUAAUUAUCAAGUGUUGAAAAGAGAAGUAAAAAUUAAACCAAUCACGUCCGUCCGUCAAAAAGAAUAAAGCGACAUGAUUGGUUGAUAUUGCGCAGCUCCAUUUAUGUAGGACCUUUUUUGUUGUGGUGGAGAAUGGACCGUUCACAUGGGUAGUAUAGCCAAUCAAUGCAUAAAUUUGCGCUUUCAGAAUUUUUUAUCGGGUCCGGGAACUUUGGCGCCCGGUGAUUGGACUUUUGCAGUUUUUUCGCAGUUUCCAUGCUCUACCUAUAUUUACUUCCUUUUAUAAAAACUGUUAAUAAUAAUAAUAUCUUUGGUUAACAAUAGUGAACAAUACAAACUUUUUCGAAUUUAAAGCUCGUUUUGUAUAAUAUUUAUAAUUUAUUUUACUAGGUAUAAAAGUGACGUUAAGAUUAUGCUAGCAAAAUGGUGGUACCUAGGCUAUCAUAGUUAUGAUUUGAUUGCACAAGUUUUGUAAUGUCAUAAUUAUUUUACAAUGUAAUUUUACCUUUUUUCAUAUUUUUACCAUAUUUUCUUUAUUUGUAAUCUCAGAUUAAUUUGAUUUUUAUCAUAAUAAAUCGUAAGCUUUAAAAUUUAAUUAUAUAAUACCUUAUAUCAUAAUAAUUUACAAUUCAUAGACUAUUUUACGUUUCUUACAAUUACUAUUCAUAGAAUUUAUAUGUUUUAAUUGAGCAAAUCGUACGUCCUUAUUUAAUGUUUAUAAAUUGGAAUUUGUGUGCCUAAAAUACUAGUAUGAUGCUGAGAUAAAGCUGAUCUAGUUUAUUUUUAAAGAUUUAAUCUAAAGUAGUAUAGAUUUUGCGCCUUGAAUGUACAUGUGCAGCUUUGUAAUAAAGAUUUAUAUUUUCUGGUAUAAGCAUAAUUUUGUUAUAGUUUACAUGUCAAUGGAAAAAUUACGAUGAGAAAAUGUUGUUUAUAAUUAUGAGUUUCAUGGCCACGAAGUAAAUCAUGUUACGAAAUUCUCGUCAAUUUUUUAUGUGUUUAUGCGCAAUUUUGAAUAGUAUUUAUUCCUGUUUUAUACGGACACAAAUUUUCACAAAGCAAGGUGAGAAGGUGAAUGUUUGAAGGCUGCCGAAAGCGGAUUGCUUUUAACAUAGGCCCCUAAAAAUUCGCACCCAAGUACAUUCAUUUUCUCAUUUAUCAAAGAAAACACAAAGUUAUUUGGUACUAAACGCUCUUUUUGUACCAAAUAGGCAUUUGACCGAUUUUGGUAUUUACAGUGAAAUGAGUUGGUAACUAUACAAAAGUAUUAAAAUGUUUAUUGCCUCCGAUAGUACCUAUUGCAAUGUUGUAAAAUGUCCAUGUAUUAAUAGUUUAGCCUAGAGUAGGAGUUGAUAAUUAUUAUUUAAAUGACUUAAUGUAGGUAAAAAUGAUAUUUUAUACACCAAUAUAGACUUAUGUGCAAAGUAUAGUUUU